GAACGUCCAUGAAACUUAGCCACUAACUACAUUUUCCACAAUACAAGCAUGGCGAGCUCAGAUUCUGUCGUACUUGAAACCAGUAUGGGGGAUAUCCAGCUUGAGCUGUAUUGGGAACAUGCACCCAAGACGUGCAAGAAUUUUGCCGAGUUAGCACGAAGAGGCUAUUACAACGGUGUCAUCUUCCACAGAAUAAUCUCAGAUUUCAUGGUCCAGGGCGGAGACCCGACAGGAACGGGACGUGGAGGGACAAGUAUCUAUGGACAAAAGUUUGAGGACGAGAUUCAUCCAGAACUUCGGUUUACGGGUGCAGGGAUCCUAGCGAUGGCCAAUUCUGGACCCAACACGAACGGUUCUCAAUUCUUCUUAACGCUGGCACCCACACCAUAUCUUGACAACAAACACACGAUCUUCGGCCGUGUGAGCUCGGGAAUGCGCGUCGUACAGCGACUAGGUGCGGUUGCAGUCAACGCGCAAGAUAGGCCACUCGAAGACGUAAAGAUUCACAAGGCUCGUGUUGUUUGAAUACAUGCAUGUUAUCGUCACUUUCGACAUGAAAGUUCGGGAUGGUUUUUUCCACGUACGCGGACGGCCGAUGAUCGCAGAAGCCUCAGCGUAUCCGUUAUUUCGACGUCUGGCGCCCUCUAGAGAAGCUGAGUAACCUCCCAAGGCUUGUUUUCGUCCAUGCGGUACUCGGAAAAUUCCUUCAGCGGUAUCUGUAUUCAAUACAACAAACAGAACAAAAUUGAUGUACAUCCAUACAUAAUGAAGGC